ACUUGUUUUUUAUUUGGGUUCUCCUCGACUGCGUCUCAUCAUUUUCCUGCCGGCUGGAGCUCCCAAACGGUCAAACCAGGGCUACUUCACUGCCUCUAUCUAUCAGCUUGCAGUAGAAAGUGCUGCUGAUUUGAAGGGGAUGGAUGAAAAACUUGAAUCCAAAGGCAAAGUUUGUGUUACGGGGGCUUCCGGCUAUCUGGCAUCUUGCCUUAUAAAGCAGCUUCUCUUGUCGGGCUAUCAUGUAAUUGGAACCGUCAGAGAUCUAGGAAACCAGAAGAAAUUGGCGCAUUUAUGGAAGCUGGAAGGAGCUAAGGAAAGACUCAGAUUGGUGGAGGCUGAUUUAACCAAAGAAUGCAGCUUUGAUGAUGCAAUCUUGGGCUGCCAUGGUGUCUUCCAUUCUGCUUCCCCUGUAAUGGAGAAACCUUCAUCUAAUCCAAAGAGAGAAAUCCUGGAGCCAGCGAUUGAGGGUACCUUGAACGUGUUGCGUUCGUGUAAGAAAAAUCCGUCUCUGAGGCGAGUGGUUUUCACUUCAUCUUCUUCAACUCUAAGGGUGAAACCGGAUGAAGAUUUCGCCUCCAGUUUAAAACUGGAUGAGUCAUCUUGGAGCUCUGUGGAAUACUGCCAAAGACUUCAGCUCUGGUACCCUUUAUCAAAAGUUCUAGCCGAGAAGGCAGCAGGGGAUUUUUGCAAAGAGAAUGGGAUCGAUUUAGUAACUGUUAUACCUGCGUGGGUGAUUGGACCUAGUUUGUCACCUGAUCUAUCUCAUACUGCAUCGCGGGUUCUCAGCCUGCUUAAGGUACGGCUGCUGCUGUCUGGCGAUACAGUAUGGUAUGGAAGAAUGGGAUAUGUUCACAUUGAUGAUGUUGCACUCUGUCACAUCUUAGUUUAUGAGCAUGAAAGUGCUCAUGGUCGAUAUCUUUGUAGCUCAACAGUUUUGGACAACGAUGAGUUGGCUUCCUUAUUAUCCAUGCGAUAUCCUUCCUUACCUAUUGCCAAAAGGUUGAAGCAAGUAAGCAGACCAUAUUAUGAGUUCGACACGUCAAAGUUGCAGAGUUUAGGAUUCAAGUUCAAGACUAUCCAGGAGAUGUUUGAUGAUUGCAUUGACUCUUUGUUGGAGCAAGGCCAUCUUUCUGCACUCUAGUUAAUUUAUGCUCUGUGAUUUAUCUUGCCUUUUAGUAAGUGUGGAUUGCGGAAGGCGAUUAUAAAGACGUCGAUGACGGUAGUUAGGAUAGUAUGAAGCAAGCAGAAUUUACUUUUCA